AUGUACAAGGUUAACCCCGAAGUUUUUAGUCAACAAUCAACGAAAUUUGCAGAAGAAUAUCAGCAAAAUCCACAACAAUUAAAAUUCGAAGAGAACGUCGCUAAAGAAACAUUUGAAGCUUUCAUUAACUCAUGUCAGUUAAGACCAUACGUUAUCUCAGAUUUGCUUAUUUUUGAACUAUUGGAUUUAUACAGAAAAUGGGGUUGUAAUUCACUCGAAGCUCACUGUUACAGUGAGUGCAAGAACAGAGGACUUCGCCCACGUCCAAGGGAAGACUAUAUCGGCAUUUUACUUGACAAGAUUGACAACAACGAAGAAACUGUUGAAGAUCUUCGCCAUGUAGCCGAAAUUCUCAACGACUCAUGGGAUGAUGAUAGACUUCCAGAUAUUGAACCAGAACUUCUUUACAGAAUUGUCGUUCUCGCAGAAAAAUAUAAUAUGGAUAUGGACGAACUAACUAAGUUUACAAUGAAUUUGUACGACAUUAACCCUGAAUCUGCUGUUCUUCUUACACUUAGACUUGAUUUUGAUCACUUAAGCGAAGAACAAAUUGAUCGUAUCUUCCAUUGCUCCGAAAUGCAUAAUAUUUCAAUUGGCUUCUUCGUAGCUAUGUCAAUCUCCGCAGUAAGAAAUCGUACAAAGGAUAACUUAGUUGAUUCUGAAUGCAAUCAUAUCAAAAUGAUGAACGAAUUUCAGCGCGAAAUGGAUUACGACAGACGUCACAUGAUUAUGCGUCUCGACCAGGAGCAUGAAGAUGAAAUGAGAAAGCUCAUGGAUACUCUUGUUAAACAACAUAGAAAAUUAGAAGAAUUAACAGACUAUCUUACAGACACUGCCGAGCGUCUUGACAGUGGACCGCUUUCUCCACGUGGAAUUGGCGAUCCAAAGCUCAAAGCUCUUAAAGAAGAAACAGAUGAAAAAUUACAGCGUAUUUAUAACAGAAUCCAAGCAGAUGUUGAGCAGAAUCUUGCAGAAAACUCACAGGUCUUUGAGAAUUCCAUAGCUAAAAUCGAAGCCGAGUGGGAAGCCGAUUGUGCAGAUCCAAGAAAGGUUAGCGCUGAUACAGAUAGAGCAAUAGCUAUUGCUGGUGAUAAAGCUGAAGAACUCUCCAGAAAGCUAGAUGAAAUAGAAGCCCAAGUUAAGAGAUCUAAAGCUUCAAUUGCUGCUAAAAUUGUCAGAGAUCAGACCCGUGGUAUUUCUGGUAUGGUCAAGGAUGCUGGUAAGGAUAACCAUGAUUCCAAAUACUCUAUCUUCAAGGGAGAAUCUUCUCUUUGGGGACUUACAGAAGAAGAUGUCAAGAAAGAGGUUAAGACUAUCAAGGACCUUGAAACUCUUAUCGAUCAAUUAUGCCCAAUAAGAGGUGCUGCAACACGCGGACCAAAGAAGAAUUAG